UCUCGGAGGCUUCCUCGUCUGCUUGCUUCAGCGUGCGGUGCUCAGUGUUCUGCUUGUUGUGUGAUUUUUUCCACCGCGUGCGUGGGUUGUUGUUUAUAGAUCGCUUUGUGCAGCUGUAAGAUUUUUAUAUAUGCGCGAAAGCGCAUAGGCUGUGUAAAUCGAGAGUGGUGUGUCAUCCUUUAAUCAAUCGCCACUCUCCCGCCGGUAUCAGAAACUCUGAAACGCUUCGCUUUGAUUUUAGGAGACUGGAGAAAAAGAGUGAAAGGAAAAAGAAAAUGGCAGCAGCCGCAACAGCAGCCCGGCCGGGGAUGGAGUCUGAAAAGGAAAAAGAUGAGCUGUUGGAAAAUUGCGGUGUUUGCAAGAAGAAGCUUCGUUUAGGUAUUGAGCCGCAGCUCAUGCCAUGUCUGCACUCAGUAUGCCGAGGUUGCUUGGGUUCUGAGCCCGACCCCAACUGUAAAGAAGGUCUCGUGAACUGCCCCGUAUGCAAGCAGCAAUGUUUUCAGAAAGAUAUUAUGGAGAAUUAUUUUAUGACUGUGAGUGUUUCUGGAGGUGCAUCUGGAGCCAACUCGGAGAGUGAUGCUAGUCGUGCAGCACCAGUGCAGGCGCAGUCUUGUACAAGCUGUGAGGAUAAUGCUACUGCUACAAGCUAUUGUGUGGAGUGCUUGGAAUGGCUCUGUGAUGCUUGUGUGGAGGCUCAUCAGCGGGUAAAAUUCACAAAGGACCACACUGUGAGGAAAGAAACCCCCAGGCCUGGAGGGGUUAAUACUGGUGAGAAUGUCCUCUACUGUUCGGUCCACAAGCAAGAACCAUUGAAACUUUUCUGUGAAACGUGUGAAACGGUAACCUGUAGGGACUGCCAGCUGCAUUCUCACAAGGACCAUCAGUAUCAGUUUUUGGAUGAUGCUAUAAGAAAUCAAAGGAAAGUUUUGGGCGCACUGACCACUCGAUUGGGGGACAAGAAUACCAAUCUUCAGAAAUCUGCAAAGGAAGUCCGUAACACCAUCAGAGAUGUUACCGACAUACAGAAGAGGAUCCAUGUGGAAAUAAAAAUGGCUAUCUUGCAGAUUAUGAAGGAGCUGAAUAGAAGGGGCAAAAUGUUGCUGAGCAGUGUUCAGAAAUUGGCAGAGGAGCAGCAGGAGAAGCUGGAGCGCCAGUAUUGGGCAAUGACUAAACUGCAGCGUCAGCACGAACAUAUUCUGCGAUUUGCAUCCUGGGCGUUGGGGAGUGACAACAACAUGGCUCUGCUACUGUGCAGGAAACUGAUUUACUUCCAGCUACACAGAAAUCUGAAGGCCUUGGUAGAUCCUGUUGAUCCUCUUGGUGAAGUAAAGUUUCAGUGGGAUCCAGAGUUCUGGGCCAAGCAGGCUGAAUCAUUUGGCAAGAUCAUUUCUGAGAAGUCGGGCAAUACCACAUCUAAUGCACAGGCUACAGGAAAUCUUAUGGCUCCUCCAGUUACCAAUCAGACAGGGUCAGCUGGCCAACAGGCUAAUGCUUGGUCAAAGCAGACUACCCCAACUACACCAUUGGCCACUGGGGCAGCUACUGGUAAACAUCGUGUAACGGGUAGUGCAGCAGCGAAUCAGCAAGCAGGGCAGAGCCCUACAGUUGGACCUAACCUGAGUGGUAACUUCUUACAGAAAAUGCAGGUACAGCUUGUGCAGCAGGGCGGGGUUCUACAGAUAAACCAGCAACAGCAGCAGCAAGUAAUGGGCCAACUGGUGAUUAUGCCACAAGUCAACGGGAUUCAAAUGGCAGAAGGAAGUGGUGCUGCACUUGGCUCUGGAGAAGCAGAUAAUGAUGAUGGAAAUCCCUCAACAAGUGGCAAAAGCUCCCCAGCUGGCAAAAGCUCUCUUCUUGGAAAAGUGCCACGUGUUAGCCUUGAACGUUUGGAAGUGGACUUGAGUCCUGACUGUCAGCUACCAGUGUUCAAAGUAAUGCCUGGGAAUACAACUGAGGAAUAUAACCUGAUUGUCAUUGAGGGGAACAAUGCAACACCUGGGGCUGCUGGACCUGGGGAGCCACCUUUGGGUAAUGUUCAGACUCCUGGUGCAGUACCAGAUGUUGCUGCUAUUAAAACUGAGGAUUCUUCUCAACCAAUUGUAAUCAAAACUGAGGAUAGCCCACCACUUGCUGCAGUUAUCAAAACUGAAAAUACAGGUCCGUGGCCCAUUGAAAUACCUACAGAUUCUUCCAUUCCAAGCAACCUUCCUGGAGUUGGUGGAGAUGGAAUUCAAGAUGUGGAAAGAUCUAGUCGUUGCGAAGUGUGUUUGAAGGCUGGUGAACUGCUGACUUGUUCUCAGUGUGAGAGAAAGUUCCACACGCACUGUCACAUUCCAGAACUGCAUGAGUUCCCUAGUGGAGUUUGGAAGUGCUUGCUAUGUCGUGACCCCGCAGAACAAGUGGAGCAGUACAGCUGUGAAAUACUCGUUGAAGGUGAUGCUGUUGGUCUGCCUCCUGCCAGUCUGAAGAAAUGUGAACGUCUGCUGUUGCAGCUGUUGUGCCACGAAUCAAGCAAGCCUUUCCACAAGAUGGCUGCCAAUGCAACACAGGGAGAUCCAAUUGAUUUAACAAUUAUAAAAGGAAAGCUGCUUAAGAAACUGUUGCCCCAUUACAGCACUCCUGAUGACUUUGCGGCAGAUGUGUGGCUUAUGUUUAAGGUCUUCAGCGCUUCCACAGAGGACAAGGACCUUACUCAGUCAAUUAUAGAACUUCAGACAUUUUUUGAAGAGAAGUUGAAAGAUCUCCCAGUAGAGAACGCACGAAAACCUGAUGGGGAAGCUGCAGGGGGAUUCGAUGGGUUAGGAGACUCUAGAGCCUCAUCAGUCAAACGGAGCUCCUCUGCAACACCAGAAGUAGAAAUGGAAGCAAAAAGGCCAAGAACAGACGAGUAGUAUUUAAUAAACUGAAGUUUUUCUGGCGCUGAGUUACAGCAGUAGUGCAUUGUAUCAAAUGUAGACCAAGGGAAAUUUUUCCAUUUCUGGCAUUUUUCUUUGUCGCCAAGGUUUUUGGUACCUUGGAAGCCAUCAGGUGAUAACAGAAUUGUCUGUGAAAUAUUCCAGUAUUUCCUGUUCACUUUAAUACUGAAACCAGUAGUUUCACUUAAGUACAAUUUCUGGGUAAGUUGCACAGAAUGGGGCGCAGUUGAGAUUGGCAGUGUGGGAAGUGUUUAGAGUAGGUCUGCAGUAGGCUGUCAUGGUCAGUUUCAAGAGGCAGCUUGAAUGUUCACUUGGACCUAGAAGUACUAUUUGCAGUCAUUCUAAAGAUGCCACUCUUGGACAAACACAAGAUGAGUAUUGUAGUGUCUGCUUAAUGUAGCUUGUCAUCCAGAAUGAAACUUGUGGCAUUAUAAACUAGGGAAAUGCUUUACGAGAGUGUAAUUCCUUGAUUGUUUAAGGGUGAGCUUUUCAUUUAAUUUCUGGCCCUUCUGCACAAGUUACUAAUAUGUUUGAAAUGUACUGUACUGCAUUUUCAGAACUUUCAUUCUUUGGAUGUAAAAUUUUAAAACCUACAUCUGAAUAUUGUAAUACUGGUCAUUCUUGACUGCAGUGGUAAAGCAUCCACUCUGCAGGCCUGUAGUUUUCAUGAUGGGAAUAGUAUGCAGAGACCAGCUUUACUUUUGUACUAGGAAGCAGCAAUCUAAGAUGUGUUUGAAGAUGCAGUUGCAGUGGUGAAAAGUGCCAGAAUCUCUGCACCCGAGAUGAGUAAUGCCAUCAAGAAUAAAGAUUUUGGUGAUGCACUGCAGAGGCAGGCACAUCAUAUACCAAAAAAGUUGAUCCAUAAUCUUACUCAAGUGUAAUCUGAAUUGAACUGUAGACCAAGCCCUCGAAGGGAAAUGAAUGAUUAGAAUGUAGAAGAACUUUUUUCUGCUGUUUUGCUGUCACUGUUGCACAUUUUGAUUAGAUUUCUGUAUUCUGCCUGUCCCUGUGAGCAUUACUGUACCCUGUGUGGGAAGGUUUUCCCUUAAUGGAAUGCUCACACUGGAUUUCUGGCUUGUGAUUGCAUUUCACGGUCAGUGCUUAAGUCUAAUACUUGGAUAGUAAAAUUGUAAGUAAGACGUCUUUUCUGUUUCAGUUCUGUACAAAUGAGCCCAAACUAGUUGGCAAAAACCUAAGUAAUGAAACACUUGUUAACCAGUUGUGUACAAUUCACUGCUUAUCCCCCAGUUGUGUAUCGUCUAGAAAAUUUAGUGUUUGUACAACAUGGAGGUAAAUGGAGAAUCUGCUUUUCAUCUCCUAGUGAUUGUACCACGUUUUCUUGUUUCCUCAUGGGAACUUAAGAUAAAUGCCUGAAAUGAAAGAUUUUGCCCAUAUGGUUAAAUGUCUUCAGAGAGGAAGAUUUAUUUUAAAGUUUGCCUUCUCUGACCAUUUGCGCAGUUGAGAGUUUAAUGCCCUUCCCCAUUUUUGCCUUUCCCAUAAUUUUUUGCGGACUCCUAAAAUAUCUCACUUGGGUGGUGGGGGGAGGCCUGUGUGCUGUAUUAAAUCAUUGCCAAAGCCAUGAUUUUUGCCCCUUUAAAAAGAUUGGUUUGUACUUCCUCACUUGAACCACGUUUUCCUGUGGGAUGUUAAAGAUCAAUGGCAACUUAAAAUGUAUUUUGUUUCGUUUUUUACUGUAACAUGUAUUAGUAUAAAACUGUUUUAAUAAUAAAAAUUUGACAUUU